ACCCGGGAAAUAAAGGUUCUCGUCGAGUUGUUGUUGGUUUCACCUAUUCAACCUCGUCAGAUCAGUGAUUUAGGCCGACACUACCUCAACCAAGGCAAUAGGUUUCUACAGUAUUGGAACAUGCAGGCCACAUCAGUUCAUGCUGACUGUGAAGUGCGUGAGUGGGAGUCGAGUCAUCACUAAGAAUAGACCUGCAAUGAGGGACUAUGGUUCAGACUGUACUAGCUUUACACAGCCUUCCGUUUCUCUCUCUGAUGUUUGGAUGUAAUGCUCGUGCAGGCCGACUAAACGUUCCGCUCUUCUGCCUUCUUAGGCCGACGGUUAAGAGUCUAUUUGCAAAUUCUCCAGGAAGCGUGACUACAUUUUUAUGUGGGUCAGUGAGACUCUAAAAGCCCCCCUCUUUCUUAGAGAAGAGGGAUCAGGAGAGGGUAACUGACACUGAGGGAGAGCACCUCCUUUAUGCUGUGAGCGAGGGAAGGGAUUGGGAGGAGGACGGGAGAGGUGUUUUCUUGCCAACACAGAGGUGUAGUGGUUGGGCCUGUGUGCUCCUCAGAUUCCAGUGAGAAUGAAGAGGUUUAGGAGACAUGGACAGGAGUCCCACAGAGAUCGGAUCAAACAGGAGCUCUAUGGGUUCAACAAGACGGUGGAGCAUGGUUUUCCCCACCAGCCCAGUGCUCUGGUCUUCAGUCCCAGCCUACAGCUCCUGGCCAUCGGCACACGCUCCGGCGCCAUCAAACUUUAUGGGGCUCCAGGUGUAGAGUUCAUGGGUCUACAUGAUGAGAACGCUGCCGUCACACAGGUCCACUUCUUACCACAGCAGGUUGACUUGGUGACUCUGUUGGAUGACAACAGUCUCCACAUGUGGACCCUCCGAGCUCACCACGGAGUCUCUGAGCUGCUGGAGACAGGACGCUUCACACUUACUGGACCACCGGGUGCUCCUCCCAGUGUGACUCGUGUGACGGCGGUGCUGACCCACUCCUCUGGGGACAUGUUGUUUCUGGGAACAGAGGGGGGACACGUGUUUGUAGUGGAGGUACCGGGCUUCAGAGAACUAGAGGAGAGGAAUAUUAGCCUGGAGAAUGUCACUAACAGUUUACCAGAGGACUAUGGAGGUCGUAGGAUCUUGGAGCAUGUCGAGUCCUUACAGGAGAAUCCCGUCAACCCACGCCAGGUUCUGAUUGGCUACGGACGAGGCAUCAUGGUCAUCUGGGACCUGGAGCGCCAUUCAGCCGUCAAACACAUCCCCGCUACUCAGCAACUAGAGAGCGUGUGGUGGACGGAGGACGGUGGCCAUGUUCUCAGUUCCCAUAGCGACGGGAGCUACUGUCGCUGGAUGGUGGCCGGGGAGGGGACACAGAGCGAACCGGAGAAGUCUGAAGUACCGUACGGCCACUUCCCCUGUAAGGCCAUCUCUAAAAUCAUCCAGCUCCCUACAGAACAAGGGCCUCCGUUCCUGUUCCUCAGUGGCGGCAUGCCCCGGGCCAGCUACGGAGACAGACACUGUAUCAGUGUGAUCCACAGUAAAACACACGUGGCUCUGGACUUCACCUCCAGAAUCAUCGACUUCUUCGUCAUCAGAGACGGACCAGACCAUAUAGGCGACCCCAGUGCGUUGGUGGUCUUAGUAGAAGAGGAGUUGGUAGUGAUAGAUCUCCAGACUGAAGGGUGGCCGGUCAUCCAGACUCCGUACCUGGUGCCUCUUCACUGCUCGGCCAUCACCUGCUCCCACCAUGUCUCUGCUAUACCCCUGAAGAUGUGGGAGAGGGUCCUGUCUGCUGGAGCACUGCAGAACACACACUACUCUAAGAAGCCGUGGCCUAUAACAGGAGGACAGAACCUGUCUCCCGACGCUCCUCAGCGAGACCUACUUCUCACCGGGCACGAGGACGGCACGGUGCGUUUCUGGGACGCGUCGGGAGUCUGUCUGUACCCCAUGUACAAGCUGAGCACGGCAGGGGUGUUCCUCACAGACGCAGAACCCAAUGAACCCAACAUGAACCAGUGCACAGAGGGAGAGUGGCCACCUUUCAGAAAGGUGGGUUGUUUUGACCCGUACAGUGACGACCCUCGCCUGGGCAUUCAGAAGAUCCACCUGUGUAAAUACAGUGGUUACCUGACUGUAGCUGGCACUGCUGGACAGAUCCUGGUGUUAGAGUUGAACGAUGAGGCAGCAGAACAGACGGUGGAGGCCACGGUAGCUGACCUGCUACAGGGACAGGAGAGUUUCCGCUGGAAGGGCCACACGCGUCUGGAGGUGAGGGAGGAGCCGGUGACGUUCCCCCCAGGAUUCCAGCCCUUUUCCCUGGUCCAGUGUCAGCCUCCUGCUGUUGUCACCGCUCUAACCCUGCACUCUGAGUGGAAACUAGUGACCUUCGGGACCAGCCACGGCUUCGGACUCUACGACUACCAGCAGAAAAGCAACGUCCUCGUCAGGUGUACUCUGAACCCCAGUGACCAGCUGGCUAUGGAAGGUCCUCUGUCCAGAGUAAAGAGCAUUAAGAAGUCUCUCCGCCAGUCCUUCAGGAGGAUCAGACGCAGCCGAGUGUCUUUACGCAAACACCACGUCAACAGCGCUGCUAAGGUGCAGGAGGCCAAUGCUCGUCUGGAGGCUGAGCUAGCAGAGAUGGAGUUAGCUCCUGUUCAGAGAAAGAUAGAGGCACGAUCCUCAGACGACUCCUUCACCGGCCUCGUUCGCACACUGUACUUCGCUGACACCUUCCUCUCAGACAGCUCCCAUCACACGCCCUCUCUCUGGGCAGGGACCAAUGGGGGCUCGGUAUUCGCCUACCAGCUCCGCCUACCGCCUGUGGAACGCAGAUCAGAGGACCCCGUCUACGCAAACCCUGCUAAGGAGAUCCAGCUGAUGCACCGUGCUCCAGUAGUGGGCAUCGUGGUGUUGGACGGCCACGGUUCCCCUCUGCCUGAGCCCCUGGAGGUGGCCCAUGACCUGGCCCGCUCAGCUGACAUGCAGGGCUGCCACCAGCUACUGGUCAUAUCCGAGGAACAGUUUAAGGUGUUCACCCUGCCCAAGGUGAGCGCUAAGAUGAAGUUAAAGCUCACCGCCAUCGAUGGUUCGCGCGUGCGCAGGGUGGGUGUGGCCUGGUUUGGCAGCAGCCGCUCGGAGGACUAUGGUGAGAGUGGCCUCACCGUCCUGACCAAUCAGGGAGACCUCCACGUGGUGUCGUUGCCGGGGGUGAAAUUGCAGGUCCAGUACCCCUGUAUCCGCAGAGAGGACGUCAGCGGCAUCGCAUCCUGUGUCUUCACCAAACACGGACAGGGUUUCUACCUGAUCUCUCCGUCUGAGUUUGAGCGUUUCUCUCUGUCUACUUGCUGUGUGGUGGAGCCCAGGUCUCUAGUGGAGGUGCCCUCCCAGACACCCGGCACCACCCUGCCUCGGGCGCAGCCUGACGGGCCGUCUGUGGCACACAGAAAUUCCACGCGGGACACCGAUGACGUGGAGAUCUCUGCUAGACAUGUGAUGGAACAUGCUUUGCUGAAUGACGAGACUGUGCUUCAGGAGAUCCAGAAAUCUCUAGAAGGAUACCAGCCGACGUUCCUGGAGAACAACGUGAAGAGUGCUCUCGCUGGAGGGAAGGUGCUGACCAAUGGAGACUGAGACAGUCCUUCCUGGUCAUGAGACAUCAUGGAGUCUGCCUAGCAAACUACGCCAACACUACUAAUACUGCCACUACUGACCCCUGAACCAUGACCCCUAGCCCCCAGAGACUGAAACCUCACCCCCUAACCCAAAAAGACUGACUCACUGUCCGUGUCCCAAAUUGCACUCUAUUCCCCAAGUAGUGCACUGCUUUUUACCAAGCCCAUAUAGGGCGAGUGGUGUAGUGUAUGAGGACUAGGGUGUGAUUUGAGCCCAUAUAGAGAGAAGAGCGAUGGAGAGGGGGUCCACCGGCUGUGCCUAGAGACCAACCACUGUACUGUAAUACCCUCCUACACUUGGUACCUCUACACCUGCAACGCAGUGGUCAUGAUAUGGUCAUUCCGCUGACGCGCUUGUCCAAAGCCAAUCACAGUUCACACACCUUCACACACAAGCCAUAAUUGCAUUUAACACACCCUACUCACUCACCCAUCCACUCCCUCCUCACCCCGACCCCAGUCGCGGCCUUCCGACCUUUGAACCCAAGCUGACCUGUGGAACUCGUCCCAACCCUGCCUCGGCACAUCCUCGCUUGCCUUCGUCUCCUAGAGAGACACGGUCAGAGACUGGGAGAUAUCAGGAGGAGGAAUGGACUUGUUUUUAUUCAUAUUUUAAUUGUGAUUUAAUUUGACCUGUGAUUUUAGUAUUUUUGUUUUGAUUCGACCUAAAAUCUAGAUGGGGGGGACUGUACAAGAAAACAACAGGAAUGUUUAAAAAGUGACCUGUUUGACAUGGUAGUUUGUUGCUAAUGCUGACAAGACAUUGUUUGGGGCGAGAGAGAGCAACACUGAGUGUCUGUGGAUUCGGAACAGUUAAUUUUGAACCAGACCUAAUCCUAGAACAUCAGCCUGGUAGCCAUGUCCACAAAGCCUCUGAGUAGGAGUGAUGAUCUAGGAUCGGUUUAGGUUUAUAAGAGUAUAAUAAGAUUAUAUGGCCGGAUCCUAGAUCAGCAUUCCUUGUGUAUACGGGCCCUGUUCCUGCUUUAGCCAACCUCAGAAACUGAUCUGACUACUAGACUAGUCGUGCAAGACCACUGUGCCGUAAAUGUCUCCCCCAAGCGUUUUUUUUUUUGCUAACUGGCCUCCCCCACCGUCCGCUCGUUAAGGUGUUAUAACCUGUCGUAGGUACUUGUCCACUACCGUGUAGCACACAAUGUCUAGGGGAACAACUUUCUAUGGGGGUUUUACAUUUUUGUCCAACGUCUUUUGUUUUGAACAUCGCAUUGAAUAAUGUAAUUUAGGAAUGUAAUUUUAAGAUAUUGUAGUCAAAUGUUUAAUAUAUAUAUGUAUUAUAUGAUGAUUCUAGGCCUGCAGUUGGACCUGUUUUGUUAAUUGGGGUUGGCUGCUAUAGUCGGAUCUUACAAGGAAAUAUUUUGGUACUGUUUCUCCGAAAUGCUGGGUAUUUUAGCAUUUUUUUAUGGUCUCUAGAAUAUAUUUUUGUAGUGAAUGGUUGAGUAUGAGAACCCUAAGUUUUGGAUUGCUAACUUUCACACUACAUAAUGUCCUGCUGGAAAAUGAAUACAAGUUUCUUUUUUUUUCACAA